AUUUGUGUGCACGGUGAUCAUGAUUAUGUUCUGAACAUCGUCGGUGUUCUUCGGUUUGACGGUUUCGAUAAAAUGGCAACAAAGAAGUUCGUGUUUUUCGGAUGUUGGUUGAUGGUGGCUGUCAUUGGUGACAUUGCAGCCGGAAAAUUGGUGCUCAAAAGUUCGUUAAGGCAGCUGGCGUGGGAGGCCAAGGAUUUUCUGGUCACGUGCUCCGGCAAAAAUGGAUCCCGCUGGGAUUGUCUCUGGGAGCAAAGUUUGAACGCGGUUGAUGAAUUUGCCAACAGUGCGAACAUUCCGCUGAUUAGCGGCGUUUCUCUGGUGCGGGUGAAAAAUGUGCGAAACCAAUCGGAAGAAGCUGGUCCCAGUUUUAAUGAAACGGAUUCGGGAAGUGUGCCCAACAGAAACAAAAACAAAACCAGUUCCAAUUCGUGGACCGGUCGGGUUGUAAAUGCCUUGGAUCACAUGUUCCGAACGCAUGUGCUGCAGAUUGAUUUGUUGAAUGCUGUUUCCGGUGAUGGUGGUUUCAAUGAAAGUGACAAUGACAGGAGAAAAGAUGCCGCAGCGGGACUGGAACAACGAAUUAAUCGGAAAAAUAAAUGGUGGAUGGGAAAGUUUGCAAGAGUGGAUGGUGGAAAGGAUGUCGUUGAAGGUCGUCACCGGCACCGGCGCCAUCAUCAGGUCAUUCCGAUGAUGAUCUUCGGGGUGACGGUUUUCGGGAUGUUCGCGGUUCCAAUUGGGUUCCAGUUUCUGGCCGCUCUCGGGGGAAAGGCGUUCCUGAUGGCCAAGCUUGCUCUGUUGCUGGCCUCAAUCAACAGUCUGAAAAGGGUAAACUCGCCGCACUACGGCGUUUUCCAGAACGUCGACCCUCACCACCAUCAGGCCUUGAUAUACGAUCGCGAAUCAACUUUUGGACCUCGCAGUAUAGACCCGAUAGAAUAGCAGCUAACCACGUAUCGUAGACUAGCACGAAAUAGCAUCAGUCAGGCGGCGGAACCCAGAAUAUUCCACGCCUCAUCCGGUUCCUCCAGUUCCUCCAGUUCCCACGAUGAGCACACAACUACAACGACAACAACAACGACCACCACAACUCCAAGGCCAGCUCCCCAGUUCUACCAACUGUGGGGAUAUCCACCACCACCACCUCCUCCUCCCCCGCCACCACCCCCAUUUUAUCCAGGAUAUCAUCAGGAUCCCUUUUCCGGCCACGCAGACCUCGGAGGAUACCCACUAGGAGCACCCCCAACGCCACCCCUCUGGACCCCUUUCUCCCAAUACAUGGCGUUCUGGUCCAGUAUGGUUUCCACAGGUUUCCAGAUGUACCUGAACUUUGUCCGAAGUAUCUACCAGAGCUGCCGUCAAUUUAUGUCCGCUCUAUUUUUCUCAAACAUCCGAACGCUGAUGCCGUACCUGGCACCCGGUUGGAUGAUGCGGUUGUUCCGGGGUGAGCCGCCCUUUUUCGGUGGUGGUCAUCAGCAGCUUGGUGGUGUAUUCGGGGGUCAUCACCAGCACCUGGGAGGUGGGCAACAGUGGCCGAUCGGGCUGUUCCACGCUCACCAUGGGUACUUUCCGGGGGUUCCUCCGGGACUGAUUAGUAGAAGGGAGGAGAACAAUAGGUAGCAGUAGAAUAAUUUCCUUGUCGAUAUUUGCUCAAGAGCUCAUUAUACAUAUUUAGAAAUUAUAUAUCAAAGCAUUUAGGUAGUUUAGUAGCUAGAAUAUAUGGCGCAUCGCAUGUGGCGUACAAAUGAGUAGCUGAAUAGCGUAGCAAAUAUUUAUGUACUAGCUUAUUUAUGAUAACUAAUAAAUUAUGUAUUAUUCGCGUGAGUUAAAACAAGCAAAGGUCGAUUAUUAAUAAGUAAGAAUAGAUUUGAUGAAAUGAGUAUAAAAUA